AGGCCGCAGAAUGUCUGUGGCGAGAGGAUGAGCAGAGACAUGCGCUGCAGUCAGGAUGACGUCACGGUGAAAUCGGAUCUGAGACUGCAGGCAUGGGCGUGGCGCUGUCACGUGACCUGUGGCUCUUGCACGCUCAUCUGGGCGGGGCGCUGCUACGGAAGCCUUUGAUUGUAGCCAGCUAACGAGUUAGCUUCCUGAAAAUGGCCAGCUGGGGAAGGGUCUCUGCGGUGCUGAGGAACGUGUUGAGGGGCCCCCGGACUCUGGGGAGCUCCGCUGUCCGCCGGGCUGUGGCUCCGGUUGUUGUGGGCUCUGUUGUAGCGGGAGGCCUCCUCUGUUAUUAUCAGCACCAUGCUAACAACAGAGCUAACAUCCGGACUCUGCCCUUCACUGUUCACGCUGAGGAACAGAAGGAAGCUGCUGCUCCUCAUCUUUCCGCCAGGAAGGUCCGCUUCAACAAGUUUGCCUCAGUGGUCUGCGAGCAGGAGCCCUACAUGACCCCCAGAGACUUCCUGUUCUCAGUCAUGCUGGAGAACGUGGACCGGAAGCUGCAGAAGAAGAUUCUAACAACACAGGAAGUUAAUAAGAUGUUGGUCACUGCGUCUAGAGCGUGUGCUGGUAACAAUCUGUUCAGAACCUUAGGAGACAAUGGCCUGAUAUCUUACACAGAGUACCUGUUCCUGCUGACCAUCCUCACCAAGCCGCGCACAGGAUUUCACAUAGCUUUCCAAAUGCUUGAUGUGGACGGCAAUGAGCAAGUGGACAAAAAGGAAUUUCUCAAGCUCAAGAAAAUUAUUGGGAAAAGUAAAUUGAGAGUUCCUAAGGACACUGAGAAACCAGCAGAGGAAGGUGAAGAUGUGAAGACGACGCUACAGGCCUACUUCUUUGGGAAGGAAGGAGAAAACAAGUUGCAGUACAAGGACUUCCUCAAGUUCAUGGAGGACCUGCAGGCUGAAGUCCAGGAGAUGGAGUUCCUGCAGUUCUCCAAAGGUAUGGACACCAUGCGAAGAGAAGACUUUGCAGAGUGGCUGCUUCACUACACCAACGAAGAAGACAAUGACAUCUACUGGGAAAACAUGAGGAAGAGGAUCCCAGCAGGACAGAGCAUCACAUUUGAUGAGUUCAAAGCCUUCUGCCUGUUCACCAACAAUAUUGAGGACUUUUCCUUUUCAAUGAAAAUGGUCUCUGGAACCAACCGUCCUGUUGGAAUGGCCCAGUUUAAGAGAGCUGUGAGGAUCGCCACGGGACAUGAUCUGUCUGUAAAUGUGCUGGACACCGUGUUUAAACUCUUUGAUAUGGACGGAGACAACUGUCUGAGCCAUAAGGAAUUCAUUGGUGUGAUGAAAGACCGAGUACUGCGAGGGCUGAAGGUGCAGCCUCAGAACGGCUUCUCUGGCUACUGGAAGUGUGUGAAGAAGGAGACACUGAAGGCCGCCCAAGAGGCCCUGGGAGACACCGGCUGCCCCUUCUGAACCACCAUGAUGUUCCAGAAGGAGUCUGAUAGACGAUCACUCAUUCUGGUGUCUAAUAAUCAAAUAAGUGGCGUGAACAUGAUUCUAAAUGUAACCACAUGUAAAGAAGCUAAGGAUUUAUACCACUGUCUUUUGUAUGGAUGACGUGUUUACAUAGGAGCAGAUCUAUUAAGUGAUAUUAGCUAACUUAGCUGAAUUUGGGUGUGGUGUUUACAGUGUUCCAGUAAUUAUCUUAAUCAAGUCAUGCAUGUUAUAUUCAGAGUGGCUGAUGACUUUCAAAUUGACCCGUGCACUUUACACACUUCAGCAGUGUGUUUAUGAAACUAGUGAUCUGCGUAUCAAGGCAUGCAGGCUUAAUCUGUUCAUGUUGCCACAAUUACAUUUUCAUGGGCUUUUAUAAUAGAGGGGUUUUCAUGUUUUGGUUUAUAAUAUUUAUAUAAUAAAGUUUUAUUUUAAAAACGUGAA